AUGAGUUCCUACUUUGUAAAUCCUCUCUUUUCCAAGUACAAAGGCGGUGAAUCGCUGGAGCCAACUUACUACGACUGCAGAUUUCCACAAAGUGUUAGCAGGAGCCAUGCUCUGGUGUAUGGUCCGGGCACUACUGCUCCCACCUUCCAGCACCCUUCACACCACGUCCAAGAGUUUUUCCACCACGGAACCUCCAGCAUCUCCAACUCUGGAUACCAGCAAAACCCAUGCGCCUUGGCGUGUCACGGAGACGCUUCUAAAUUCUAUGGAUAUGAAGCUCUACCGAGGCAAUCGCUUUAUGGUGCUCAGCAAGAGACGACUGUUGUACAAUAUCCUGACUGUAAAUCGUCUUCCAACAGUAACUCUAGCGAGGGACAAGGGCAUUUAAAUCAAAAUUCGUCUCCCAGUCUCAUGUUCCCAUGGAUGAGACCUCACGCUCCCGGAAGACGCAGCGGCAGACAAACUUACAGCCGGUACCAGACCCUGGAGUUAGAAAAGGAGUUCCUCUUCAACCCGUAUUUGACACGGAAGCGGCGGAUUGAGGUCUCUCACGCCCUGGGACUGACCGAGAGACAAGUGAAGAUCUGGUUCCAGAACCGGAGGAUGAAGUGGAAAAAAGAAAACAACAAAGAUAAGCUGCCGGGGGCCAGGGACGAGGAGAAAACGGAAGAAGAAGGGAAUGAAGAAGAGGAAAAAGAAGAGGAGGAAAAAGAAGAAAGCAAGGACUGA